GAAGAAGUGGGGCUCCCAGUAUUGAGCCGUGGGGAACACCAGGGGUGACGGUGGAAGGUUGACAUCUGAACAACUUGAGUUGGAUGAAUGUACAAAUAGUGGCGGCACAGGCUCCUUGUCUCACCCCAGUUCACACCGGCAGAAACUGCAGGAACCACACAAUGGUGAUGAACUCCACAAACCUAAACGAAGUGCUGGAGAGAUACUACUUGUCGCCGCUCUACGCGCUGGAGUUCUGCGUCGGCUUCCCCCUCAACCUCGUCGUCGUGCUCGGCUACAUAUUUUGCUUGCAGGAGUGGCAGAGCUGCAACGUUUACGUCUUCAGCCUGGCCAUCUCCGACCUCAUUUUCCUCUGCACUCUGCCACACCUCUCCUACCUGUACGCAAACGUGCAAGCCGUCACCGUCCCAGCUCUUUGCGUCAUAAACCGCUACGUCCUGCACGUCAACCUUUACUCCUCCAUCCUCUUCAUGGUCUGGAUCAGCAUGGAUCGCUUCCUGCUCAUAAAGUACCCGAUGCGAAACCACCGCCUGCUGAGGCCGAGAGCGGCGCUGGUCGUCACGGGCCUGACCUGGCUGGUCGUAAACGUUGAAGUCUGUCCGUUGAUAACUCUGCUGGUGCAGGACCUGCAGAAAAAGAACUGGAGCAGCUGCGAGGAUUUUGCCAGCCUUAAAGGAGAUAUUAACCCACUGGGCUACAGCUUGGGGUUAACAGUAACCGGCUACAUUCUCCCUCUGCUCGCACUUUGUGCCUUUUCCCAGCAAAUCUCCCACCUCCUCCAAAUGCAGGAGCGAGCCGUACAACACAGGACGUCCUACAAGAGGCCUCUCAGAGUCGUUGCUUCGGCCACGGUCAUGUUCCUCAUCCUCUACACCCCGUACCACGUUCUUAGAAACAUCAGAAUCGCAUCUCAGCAGCCUUGGGCCCAUGUUGACAGCUCUUCCCUGGAUUACAUCAAAGCCAUGUACGUCUUGACCCGACCGCUGGCGUUUUUGCACAGCAUCAUUAAUCCGGUCUUCUACUUUCUCAUGGGAGACAAGUUCAGAGAGCUUCUAAUGUCCAAAAUCCGAAAUGUGAGCAGCAAGACCAAGCUGAGGCGAGAACCAGCCCAACCGUGUUUACCACAGGAGUCUUGAAUCGCCGCAUGCAAACAAACCACAGUGUUGUAAACACAGGAUUCUCGAGAUGUCAGACUCUUAGCACUUCUUAUUUCAAAAAUGCUAAUUAUGUGGCAGCCAACAUUUUUGCUAAGUGCAAAAAGCAUGAUGAUUUUAUACUUUGUUUGCACGUUUAGUGUCUAACGUGUUUAAUGUUACUUAUGUCUGGUGGCCUGUGACACGGAAUAAUCCUUUAUUUUUGUACAUAGAUAAAGCAGGCACGAUGAUUUCCAAGAGAAGUUGUACAUUUGUAUAUAACAUACGCAUUGUCAAAUUAUUAUUACUAUUAUAAUUUUUUUUAGCUAAAACACAAUUGCAGGGUGUUGUCAUUUGUUUGUAAACAUUGGAUUUGUGAAAAAAAAACAAAGGGCUUUUCAU